AUGGCCGACGUUGACAUGACCGACGCGCCUGGCUCCGCGCCUAUCGUCAAGAAGAAGGGAGCCGCUGCCGGCGACGGGGAUAGUAAAUCCGACGCCAAGAAGCGCUUUGAGGUCAAGAAGUGGAACGCUGUGGCCCUGUGGGCCUGGGAUAUUGUCGUCGACAACUGCGCUAUCUGCCGGAACCACAUCAUGGAUCUAUGCAUUGAAUGUCAAGCCAACCAGGCAUCCGCUACGAGCGAGGAGUGCACUGUUGCAUGGGGUAUAUGCAAUCACGCGUUUCACUUUCAUUGCAUCUCGAGAUGGCUUAAAGCCCGCCAGGUCUGCCCGCUGGACAAUAGAGACUGGGAGUUCCAGAAGUAUGGUAGAUAG